AUGUCGCCCAGCCGGACUGAAAUCUGCUCUGAGGAGCCAACGUUCACAGGGCCCAAAGCCAAGGUGGCUUCGGUUCAAGAGGCCCCGAAGUUAGAGCCUGUGCAAGAACCAUGCCUGACCCCGGUCCCCGUCGAUGGCAUCCUCGAUGAGGGGCAGCAAUAUGACGUUCAUACACACACCUCGGAGAGAAUCCUUUCUGUCCUCAAGCCAUACCUCCUCGCCAAAUCACCCGACGCUCAUGAUCUCUGGGUCCGGGGUGCCCCAAAAUUCAUUUCAGUGAUCCGCAAUUUCGUUGAGAAGGGCCAAGUGGUGCAGAUGUGCCUGCCGGCCUUCCCUUGGAAGUCUGCCAAUAAGGUCCACAAGGUGCUCGGCACUCUGCCGGACAAGGCCGAGGAGGUGUCCCUGAAACGCUUAAAUGACCUGUGCGAGGCCAUUGGCGAUGUCUACAAUCCCGGGGCGGAGCUGCUCAUCAUUUCCGAUGGGCUGGUUUACAAUGAUCUCUUCACCAUCCCGGACCGCGACGUUUGGGAAUACGGUGAAGCUCUGCGCGCCCUCGCCGUCGAGACGAAGUGUACUCACAUUCGCUUCACUCGCCUAAGGGACCUCAUUGACGUCCCCGGCCUCCCAGAGAAGCUUGACGAAGUCACAUACAUCGCUAAUGCGACGAACUUUCGACGAGCGCUGCUAAAUAAGUUCAGCAAGCCGGAUCUAGACGUGCCCAAAGAGAUCGCUGAGAACGAGGACACGAGAUUGACGUACUGCGGCUACAAGCGCUUCCUGGAGAACGAUCUCCGGUACAUCUUUCCCCUAGGCAAGAACAGGAGUGUCAACAAAUAUCGCAAGGACGUCAAGUAUGUGGCCCAGCAGAUGAUCAGCCGCGGACAUGCAUUCGCGGGUGCUGUUAAGCACAACUUCCCGGAUUACCUCCGCCUGAGCAUCCACCACUCCACGGGCGAACACAAAGUUUCCAUUAGCCUGUUGCCGACAAGCACUUCUUACACGACACCCUGGCACUGCUGCGUGGCGAUUCUGGCGGACGGGAACAUCAUCAGCGGGCCAAAGGGAGAUUUUGAGGAGGAUCCGAGGCUCGAACUCGUCCGGGACGAAGAUGGGAGACCAACUCACUUCAGGGAGAGGGUAAACGAAGCUGUAGUAGAGAAAGUUUCAGUAGAAAAGACUUGA